AUGGCUGUCAACAAGACGAGCGUUGAUAAACCUGAGUCGGCAGUUGAUCUAAACUGGACGUUUCGGCACGCAUAUCUGACACUGCUCAAUGGUGCUUCGGAUUCUUCUGCGUCGUCAUUUUUAGGCAGGUUUCUCGAACUAAAUAAGAAACACCUUUUGGCCAAGAACCUGCCGUUCCAAAACAAAACGUCCAAGAGCGCUACAGAUGACUUUGAAAUUGGGUCACAUAUUGUGAAAAAUAAGUUGACUUCCAAGCAGCAGAAAACUGUUUCCGAGAUCUCAACGGCACUGCGUCUUGACAUCCAUGAAGUCGCUCGGAUCGUUCAGAUCACUACUGAGAGAAUCCCCGACGAAAGUGAAAUUGAUAGCGCGGACAAAUCAUUAUUCCAGUUAACAGAAAGUCAUGACGAUGCUGCGCUUUUCUAUUCCAAUGUGAUCAAGGAGUCCAGGGCAGUCUUGAAAACGCUCCUGUAUUUAAUAAAAAACGAACAUUCGUUGUCUUCCGAUCUGCAAGACAUUUGCUACGAAAUCAAGCAGAAUGGCUACGAUCUUCUCCAGUCCUAUAUUGAGUCCUUGGUGGAGUGGAACAAAACACCGAUUGAGGUUUCCCAGAAAAGCCUGCAAGUGGAGCUUGAACUACUGGUGCUGGAUGUGCUGAAUCUGAUUCUAUACCUUAUAUUCAAAACUGGCACUGGAUUCACCAAAGGUACAGCGAUGAAGUGGUUCAGAUUAAUGAAAGAUUCCAAUUACUGUGGUCUUUCUCGUAUUUGUGAAGAUGAAAGUAACGACAGGGUGACGACCUUUGAGGGCCUUUGCACUGUUCUGUCUCUAGUGAUGCUGGACCUCGAUUUCAAUUUUGGAGCGCUAACAGACGAGGACUCAUUCACGAAUGACCCAGAAAUAAUGCAAGACAUUAAUGACUGCUUAUUGACAAGUCAUGCAAAUUCCAUCGUCUUGUACGCUUGGAGCAUCAUCUUGCAUAGAAAGCAUUUGGUGAUAUCCAAUAAUCCAAGCCAUCCAGUUAGUCUUCAGUUGAUUGAAAAGUUUGGCGGGCUUGAAAAUCUGCAAAAGAUUUACUUGACGUGCGCUAAAAGAGCCGAGGAACUUGACGUAUGUGCAUCCAUGAUCAGAUGCCAUGAAAUACUGUCGUACGAUAGUCUUUAUGAUGCCAUUUUGGCGGCCUUUGUUGUUGCCUUUGUUCCCUACAUCCAGCUUAACGAGAACAUUACUCUUGCGAUCAGAAAAAUAAUGACUAAUGCCCCAGACAGAAUAGUCGAGAGAUUUUUCCUCAACCCGGCUACAGAAGACUUGAUGGCCAUUGCUCGAGCCAAGCUGCCUUUAUCAAUCAAGUCCUUUAUCCGUCUUGUCGGAAUAAAUUCAAACCUUGCUUAUGAAGAGCUCGCUAAUCUCAAGUCUUAUAUGGAGGUGUUCAAAGAAGAGGACUUUUAUUACAAGUAUCUCAUAGAUGACGAAAAUCCCCAAUUAAUCAAGCUUACUCAAGAUCUUGAUGUCCUGCCCCCAUACGAAACUCCUGGAGAACUGUCAUUGCUGCUAAAAGAGGGCACAAAAGCUCAAAUCUUUCCAGGAGCAAACAAGGACGACGUGGUUGUCGCGUUUCUUUACGAUUACAAUGGAUGGACCUUACUGGGUAGAAUACUGAAUAACCUGUCAAAGAAAUUGGAUAGUGACCCUGAGAAGGUUGAUCUAGCGUCCGAAAUUUUCCAGCUAAUGACCAAGAUCUCGCAGGAGCUGGAGAAAGACAAAUUUGACGAAGUCAUAAAAGCAAUGAGUCUGUUGGCCGACGAUCGUGAUGUAAUAGAGGUCAUUUUCCGUAUUCUGGAGCAAGCACUCCAGUUGAGAAAUGUUCAUUUGUUGCAAUCUGGAUACGAUCUUCUGUCCUCUCUCUCUAUCUGCGGAUAUUCAUUCAGGAUAUGGUCAUAUCUCUAUAAGUCGCAACUUCUUGGGUUGAAAGCUAAUGCUGGCUUAGCAAGUACCAUUUUGGGAACAGUUGAGAUGGUUGAGUGGAAGUAUGGGUUCACAUUGUCACUAUUGAGACUCACAAAUUCCAUACUGGACGAUUGUUUAGUCAUUUCCGAUGACGUCAAUUGGAAGCUGAAGUCUGAGGUGCUAGAUCGGCUAGUGGCGCACUGCAUACAUGUUUACGAAAACUUCCUACACUGGAUGUUUGCUGAUGACGUUCAGAGACUACAAAUUGGAACUUAUGCUCAGUUAGUUUUUGUGAAAAUCAUUGUUUCCCUUUAUGGGAUUGAUAAUGGAACAGACCCAAGAGCAAAAGUGACGCGUGUAUUUGCACAGUCUUGCGAGAGAAUCACAAGGAUGUUUUUGGUUCCUGAUAUUCAAGUUUCAAGAACCUCCAAGCCAAUUUUGGAGACCUUUAGUUCACUUUCUCACGCAGUCAUGGACAUUGACACAUCUGGUCUGUCUGGCCUUUGGCAGCAAAGGUUCAUUGACGGUAUGUUCGAGUUUGCUACGACUUUAAUAUCCAUUAGAAGUGCCUGCCAAGGGACUCUUGCAUCCGCAUUUGAGAUGGAUCUUUAUUCUAUAAUCCCAAGGUUGGUCGAUUUGUAUGCUGGCACAAUGAAUCAGCGUGCAAAUGUUUUGAAUUUGUUAUCAAGUCUUGUCAGCACGAGCUGGGAAAAAGAGCCGCCAUCUCUUCUCACCCACCUUGGACAGGAACAUACUCAACUUCUGCUUAAAUGUCUAGCCGUGGACAUGGCGAACGAGUUUGAGACUCAUGAAAUGAAAACAGCACUUUUCAGAUUUUUCUCCUCAGUCAUGGAAGGGGAUCAAGAAGGACUGUCGAUUGUUUUUAUCACUGGGCGCAAUAUCAAGGAUUGCAUUUUAGACGAGAAGAAGAGCCUCAGCAAGGAAGAUAAACUUAAGAAGUCGCAACUGUCGCUUCUAAAGAUUUUGAAAGCAUUGAUUUCCAAAAUCUCUGUUUAUCCAAGCAACGUGUCGCUGAAUUUGGUGGAAGCUCUUGCUCUUGCGUUUAACUCAUGGACUACUGCCAAAGAAGAUGAUGACGAUGAGAAAUUUGUGAUGAGCAUCAUCAGCGAGUUGAGCUCGUUCCCAAAGCCAUUAUCAAUUGAUGAUGGCGAGGCUAUGAAGGAGUAUUUCUACCAGGUCAACAUAAUGGCAAAAAUGGCCGAGAUUGUGUCCCUAUACCUUUUUGUUUCCCAAAACAAUGCCAACAAAACAAAGAUCUAUCAACUCUUGAAUUCCCAAGAUUUCAUCUCACAGCUUAAGGAUAAGUUUGAGCUUGAAGACGGCUCACUCUCUCCGACAGAAAACGAAUUGAAAGAGUUUACCAUAGACGGAAUGAAUUUCAGGCUUUCACAAUUUGAAAGAACUUCAUAUUUCGUCAAAGAAGCUUACGGUGAAGAUUCCUCGCAUGCUCUGGAACUAAUGGACAAGCUAUUCAGAAAAAAUGCAAAAUGGGAGGUAGUGAGAAAUCAAGUUGUUGCCAACAGCCUAAGUUUCCAGCUGGUUUCUGCGCGCGUCACGGCUGCUAAAUCCUUUGGUGCCUUGGUCACAUGCUUCUGCAAGAACAACGCAGCUGAGAUCAAUUCGCAGUAUAUUUCUCUCGCUACAACGCUUCUAAAAAUCAACGAUCAAGAAGGAAUACUCUCACCAAACUUUGCCAUUAUAUACCAGGAACGCAUCGAUUUGGCAUUUUUCAUUUGCCUAACUUUCUCCAAACGCAAGGAAAACAAAUUCGACGAUAAGAUAGUGUUUUCCUUAAUUUCCUCUGCCUGUCAACUCCUUGUGUCCAACGAUAUCGAUUUGCUAGGUGGACUCCUCAGCUUUGAAAACCAAAACUACCGUCCGCUAUUGAGGACUCUCCUGAUAGCCCUUGGUAUGAUCAAAGAGGACACAAUGCUUUUCAUGGAAUAUGGAGCUACAUUCGUGGACAUUUUCAAUGCAGUCAUUGCCAAAUCUGUGAAAACGAUAUUCAAGUCCAUUCAAAAUGAAGUGAUGUCUUCGAGAAAAACCGACUAUGGAAACUCUUUGCUUAUCUGCAAGCAAGCAGAUGACCUUUCGCUGAUUAUCAGUCUGCUGAACACGCUAGUCAACAAGCAUCUUCCUCGUGACCUGGAAAUUUCCAUCGCCAAGUGUGUGAUAGAUUCUGGCCUCUUCAGAUCCACUGCGAAUCUUUACUCCUGCUCCCAUCUAAUCAAGAUCAACAAGGAAGCGGUGUUUUCGGAAAUCUCCCUUAAGAUCAUCAACGAGCUUGUGCAAUUGAAACCCGUGGCGGAGAAGUUAUUGGCGAAUGGAUUAUUUAUGGUUCUUGUUGAUUCACAGAUAUCGGUGCAAAUUCAAAAAGGCGGUGUUUCUCCUGUUGUUCCUUCCACAGCCAGGUUGCACCAAAUAUGGGUUGACGGUCUUUUAUCGACCGUCUUGACUUUAGUCACGACAUUUGGUGAGAAAUUAUCAUCUGAGAUCUACCUGUUUGUUAAAUCAUUUUCCAAACAGUUCCAGAGUACUCUAUCUGGAUGGUUAGAGUCUACCACGCCUAUUAGUCUUCCAAUAGUCCACGAAACCUCCCAAAUUAUUUUCUUGGCCAAAGCUCUCAAUCUUCUAGACAUCUACGAGAACGUGGCUUCCAAUUCCGAUUCUGUCAAGCUGAUUCCCGGUCUGGAUACUAAAGAGGAACGCCUCAAUCUUGUCAAUGGCCUGAACUAUCUUAUUUCGCAUCCAAAGUUCCUUUCUUCGAGAAUUGUGGCAUCUAGUCUCGAAGAGCAAAGAUUGCUUGACUCAGAUGAAAAAUAUAAAUUUGUGGAUCGACUACUUGAUGAAAUCAAACAGCUGAAAGAUAUGUUAUUAGAAUAA